UCACGAGCGACCAAUAGCGGAAAAGCGUGAGUGACUACAGAGCUGUUGCAGCAAAAGCCACCAACAUGUUUGUGUAGCAUACUAUUUAAGUCUGUACAUUAGGUGUUCAAUAAUCUUACCAGUUUUAUUUACUAAAAACUGACAUGAAGACACUACUUGUAGGAGUUGGCGGGAUGACCAAUGGAGGCAAAUCUACUCUUUCUAAGAAUCUACACCAGCAAAUACCCAACAGUUGUCUCAUUGCACAGGAUUCCUAUUUUAAGGAUGAUUCUGUGGUACCAGUGGACAGCAAUGGGUUUAAGCAGUAUGACAUGCUGGAUGCUCUCCACAUGGACACGAUGAUGUGCGAUGUCAACUCGUGGCGAAGAGAUCCUUUGUCGUUCAUGAGGCGGCGAGGCCUGUACCCAGAACUCACAACAUCAUCAGCUGAUGAGAUAGUGUAUGUGCUGAUUGUGGAGGGUUUCCUCAUUUUUAACCACAGGCCUCUUAAUGAGCUAUUUUACAAAAGAUACUUCAUGGAAAUACCGUAUGAUGUCUGCAAGACGAGACGAAGUUUGCGGGUGUACGCGCCUCCUGAUCCUCCUGAAUACUUUGACGGACACGUGUGGCAAAUGUACCUGAAAAACCGACAGGAGAUGGAGAGCAUGGUGUCUGGAAUUGUGUUUCUGGAUGGAAUGAAGCCAAAGGAAGAGCUGCUGGCUGCUGUGUGUAAAGAAGUGUGUCAGGAAAUAGAAAAGCUCAGGGAGUAAAACUUUUAGUUGUUUCCUCUUUUGAAGAUGGAGACUACUGCUCCCAUGCCAGGAAUGUCAGGAAAGGUGUCUUGUUGGACUCGUGUGUAACUGAAAGGACUACACCGAGUGUUAAUGUCUCUGUAAUACCUACAAAUAGCUACGAUUAAAUUAAUAACUGUAUAAAAAUUGACUGAUACUGUAUCAUCUGAAAUUGAUCAGCUGGGGACUGGACAGAGACUCAAAGGAGAGAUUCACAGUGAAUCUGAUGCCUUUACAGUAAUUGAAAGGUAGGAUGUAC